AUGCCUAAGCCUCAGAGACACGCGGAUUGGCUCAACAAUUAUUUCAACAUUAACAAUGUCAAUGGAGACCUAAAGUUGACAAGCAGAGAGAUUGCAGAUUUAUGCAAUAAACAACUUAAGACGGAGGCCUGGACUAAGGGACCACCCCCAAAAAAUCGGCGAAUAAUGACCAAUGGCGUUGACGCGCAGACAGUAGGACGACAUAUGCAGGAGCUCAAAAAGAAGAAAGCCGGAAAGCCGCGAGCCACACGUCGCACUCAAAGCGCGAUUAAUAGGAUCGAUAGUGUCCUUGCGAAGAGAGAUGGACGUCUAUGGACAGGCGAUAGAAUGCUUCUGGCGAAGUUGAACCAAACCAAACCGGAAAACAUCAAAAAUUAUGUUGAAGAAAAGGUCAGACAAGAAGGCAGGAGGGCGAAAGAAGCUGGUGGACAAGUACUCCAAGAUUGGGAGGCCCGAAAACGCUCGAGGGUAGCCUCGAACAAAUAUGCUAACAAGAUGUGGGCAGAGUAUAAUAAACCUGGAAAGGAGGACGAGUAUUUGCAAAAGCUAGAAAAUGGCCUGAUCAGUCUCAAGACAGGCGAAGCUAUCACAGCAAACUCAAGAAACCACCCAGGAUCAUCUUUAAAUCCCGCCAAUGGAUACAACCUAAGCACAAAUGAUGGUGAAGGUGACGACGAAGCUAUCGAUGCAGAUGCCAGCGAUGCUAUCGUAGACGACGACUAUCCGAUGGGUAAUGUCAUCGGAAACGAGUCUGAAUCUCAGACUGGAUACGACUUCGUGGCUGAUUCACCAGAGUACCCUGACCACAUCAAUGAUCUCCCUCAAUCCCAGACGCAGGUUGAUAUUGGUGUCAACAAUAAAAAAUUGAACCUGACUGAUGGCAAUGCUGAGAACUCUGCGUCGCAGAUGGAUUUCGAACAAAAUUACUCCAAUGCGAAUAGGAACCCAGUAUUCAAUAAUGCAGACAUCGGCGUACCUAAUCCGAGAACAAAUGUUUUCGAGUAUCCGGCCUCGAGCUCCGGCAUCCGGGCGAUGACGCAAGACAAGGGUCCUAUGCUGGCAACCAUGCAACCAUACAGGGACAAUACCCCCUCGAGACAUAUGCACAUGAGCUUUGCACCAAGUCCUCAGGUUCAACCAAGCAGAUAUACCGGCGAACCUGUGAGACGAAGACAAAAUGAGAGAUGUCAUGUUGGCCCUCGUAAGGAAGAAGAUAUGAGAGCCUGUCAUGUAGGCUAUCAAGUCCAUAAGAACCAACACAGAAAUCAGGACGCGCCUCAAAUGUUGUCCAAUGCUCAGUUAAAGAAGAGAAAACAACCUCUGUUUGAGCAGGGAGUACUUGAAGUCGGACCAUUGAAGAGACAAUGCCAAUCUGGAGAAUUUUUUAUGUCAGAAAGACAACCCGAGUCUGAACAGCAUCUCUCGCUCGAACAGCAGCAUAAUGGACUCGACGUCGAAGAGAGGGAUGUCGAAGAAAGUCUUGAUCCAAAUUCAGACGUUGGAACCAACUUCAGUAAGACCAUCGGUAGAGGAAUCGUUGGAGAGCCCAAAAAAUUGCACGAACGUGAUAUGCGUGUACUCUCUGCGUCUACUGUGAGACCUCGCAAUCAUGAAAAUAUCGAUCAGGAAAGAGAGGCAGGCUACUGGGACAUCGUCGCGUACCCCGAAAGCGGGCUUCGGACUGAACACGUCUUCAGUAGACAGAGUCGAGAAAGCGGUCAUUUGAAUCGUCGGUCUGGCGAUAAGCCCGAAAAUGCAAUCGUCAUCCUCGAGAAUUGCGAAGAGGUCAGAACUGUCGAGCCAAGCCAAGGCGCAAGUAAUCGAAUCAGUGUUGACGCGAGACAGCCCGUCAACACAGAUAGAAAGCAUGGCUAUGUCGAGAGUGCCUCGAGUCCUAAAGGUUAUGCCAACAUUUGGUAUUCCCAGGGUAGGAUUCGAACAUUUGAACAGCCAAGUAAAAGUCCUUGGCAGGCUUACCACCAUUUCGAUGGCAUUUCAACUGCCAUUUCUAUGCAACCAACGCGAAGAAAGUCUAAGGCGUUCGCUUCGCAUUAA